AUGGUUUGGAUGGAUGUCACCGAAGACAGCGUGGAUGCAAUUAUAGAGAGAUGCAGGGGGCUUAGAAUAGGAGAGAAGGAAUACAAGGACAUGGUCAGAAUGCUCAUGGCGGAGACUCUGUCAGACAUCCCUUCUCCAAAAGUUGUAAAGCUGAUAGAAAUGCUCAUUUCGGCAGAGGCCAAGCAGAUCUAUUUGAAUGAGGUGAAGAACUAUUUACUUGUACAUGACGAGGAUCUCUACAAGCGCUACGCCGGGAUGUUUCUGGAUAAUCCCGGAGUAUUUGAGGCAUUUGGAGUCCGCGGAAAAGAGAGAGAGCCUGUGGUAGAAGAUGGGCCAAAGAUGUUCAAAAGUUUAAGGCCCGAGCUGACAAGCUUAGGAUCCAAAAGAAAGCCAAAGACCCUGAAGAAGGCUAUCCGAAGGGAAAGUAGGAUGUCUGCAUACCGUAAGAUGGUAAGGGAAAAGUCGGCCUCCAUUGAAUACAAAAAGAAAGUAGAUGCAAUGUACAGGAAGGCGCGAAAGGAAUAA